AUGGCUGCCAGGGUUCAAAACGGCCAGGCGAAUGCUAAAAAUGUCGGCGCCCCAAAUCAGACGCUGUACAUCAAGAACCUGCCGGACAAGAUCAAGAAACCAGACCUCCGAAUGGCAUUAUAUACACUUUUCUCUACAUACGGACCUGUUUUGGAUGUGGUGGUCUUGAAAACGGCAAAAAUGCGAGGACAGGCACAUAUAGUCUACCGAGAUAUUCAAGCUAGCACUCAGGCUAUGCGUGCUCUCCAGGGAUUCGACUUUUUCGGCAAAGAGCUAAAUAUCGUAUAUGCCAAAGGAAGCUCCCAUGUCAUUGCUAAGCUUCGCGGUACUUAUAUGGCAACCGCCACGGCGAAUGCACCGACAGGAGCGUCGACCGACUUGCAAAAAUCUAUCUUUGGUGCUCCACCUUCGGCGGCGACUGCCGCCACAGUUGGUACCAAGCGUCCUCGUGAGGAAGAAAGUGACGAGGGCGAGGCACCCAUGGAUGAAGAUGAGAGUGAUGUCUCAAUGGAAGCAUCAUCGGACGAGGACUAA